GUAGAACAAGCGCCUGUUGUUUCGGGUGAUUUCUCAAAAAGGGACUCUGAUUUGAUUUUCAAAAGGCCUGAUGCUGCUUGCUGUCAGUCACACUGUUCUCGUUGAGUCACAUUAAUAUCGUUCAAUCACGCGGCGUCGCCAGUGUCAACAUUCACCGAGUUUGUCUGCACAAAGCUGAAUUAUUACAGUCGUGUGUAUUUAGGAAGACGCACAACCGCAGGAUGGUGAAUGAGGGUGCUGGCGGCCCACGCUGUCGCAGGGGGUCUCAUAAGGCGGUUCCGUCCUCAGACCAGGAUGGCACAGGUGCUGAAAGAGCCACAGGAGAGGUGCCCUGCCCCACUAAUGGAACAGUGGAAGUGGAGCACAUUAUCAGUGCAAAACUACAGCUGAAGAAGAAAGCUGAGCAUUUGAAGGCAGACCUGAUGAGGCAGUUUGACACCCAAGUCAAUGAAUUCAUGGAAAGUCUGAUAGAGGAGUCUGCCAGUCUGGGUUCGUCCCAUGUGAGCACAGUCUUUCCUCUCUCAGAAAAGGAGAAAAACAAACUCAGGCUUACGCAACCUCCCCAAGUCCAAAGCAAGCAAUACGUGAUUCGUCGAUCCCUGUUAGAUGAUCUCUUUGAGGUGAACCACAUUCGCACCAUCUAUCACAUGUUCAUCGCCCUCCUCAUUCUCUUCAUCUUCAGUACACUCGUGGUUGACUUCAUCGAUGAGGGCAGACUGGUGCUUGAGUUUGAUCUGUUGGUGUACGCGUUUGGCCAGUUCCCCCUAGUGGUUGUCACGUGGAUGUGUAUGUUCCUGUCCACUCUUGUGGUUCCAUAUGUACUGCUGAGUGUCUGGGCCAGCAUUUACCCCACGUCAAACCAUCGGGGCUUAUGGACAGUGCUGGCCGGUUCUCUCUUGCUGCUGUACCAGGGCCUGUGUUUGGGUUUCCUUCCCACAUAUGUGGUGCUGAAGAACGGCCUUCCCCCUGCUUCAUGCUUCAUACUUAUUCUGGAACAGGUGCGACUGAUAAUGAAGGCUCACUCUUUCAUCAGGGAAAAUGUGCCAAGAGUGCGAUCCUUAGAACGAAGCAAAACAAAUUCAUUAGCAGUACCUCAGUUCACUCAGUACAUUUAUUUUCUCUUUGCACCUACCCUAAUAUACAGAGACAAUUAUCCACGAAAUCCAUGUAUUCGAUGGGGUUAUGUGGCUAUACAAUUUUCUCAGGUGCUCGGGUGUUUGUUUUAUGCGUAUUACAUAUUUGUGCGGCUGUGUAUCCCUCAGUUCCGCAGUAUCAGUAUGCAGCUCUUUGAUCUGAGGGCCAUGGUGUUGUGUGUCUUCAACUCCAUACUGCCAGGAGUGCUGGUGCUAUUCUUGGCGUUCUUUGCCUUUCUGCAUUGCUGGCUUAAUGCGUUUGCUGAAAUGCUACGAUUUGGAGACAGAAUGUUUUACAAGGACUGGUGGAACUCCACUUCAUUUGCUAACUAUUACCGCACAUGGAAUGUUGUAGUACAUGAUUGGCUCUAUUACUAUGUCUACAGGGACUUCCUGUGGAUGACACAGAAGCGAUUCCGUGCAGCGGCCAUGUUGGUUGUUUUUACGGUGUCUGCUGUGGUGCACGAGUAUGUUCUGGCCAUCUGCUUUGGCUUCUUCUACCCUGUCUUGUUCUGCCUCUUCAUGUGCUUUGGAAUGGUGUUUAACUUCGUUCUUAAUGACCGGAGAAAAGGGCCGAUCUGGAACGUGAUCAUGUGGACUGCGCUGUUCCUGGGUCAGGGGGUUCUCAUCUGCCUGUACUCUCAGGAGUGGUACGCACAGCGCUUCUGCCCCAUUGAAGAGCCUUCUUUCAUAGACUUGCUAAAGCCUCGCUCCUGGACUUGUUCUCCGUAGACUAACACUGCUGUAGGUGCUCACUAAUGCCACACCACCAGUCACAAGAUGAAUGAGAAUUACACUUGACUUGCUCUGGAACUUUUUUAGCAUUCUGUAGGUAUCGCACUCUGACCAAACAAAAUGAAAAGUGACAAUCUUACUCUAUAAUCAUGAGGACACUUCAAUUUAUGAAGGGGCCUUAGAUAUUUUAUUUGUUUAGAUCUUAAUAUUUAUGAAAACUUCUGUAAUAGAAUGAAGAAUGUCUAUAAUGUGCAUUAUGAAUAUUGUUAUUUCCUUUGAAAUGUCCAGUUAGCAUUUGACAGUCUAAUUUAGGUUAUGUCUGAUCUGGAGAUUCUAUUUUUAGAAGCCUCUGUGAUGGGCUUCUACGGUAAAUGUGUUUUGUUUACUGCCACUUCUUAGAUAUUGUGUUUGAUGUUGUGGUGUUAUUCCAGUACCGCAGAGGCCAUGGAUAUGUGGUACAUUUUAACCAGUUUUUGUGUGGACUGUACAAAAUCGUAGAAUGUUUACAAGAAUUGUUGAGAAUUCUAAAACCUCAAUGGAUUUAAAUUAUGUGCCAUACUGCUGUAAAACAAUUUUUCUUUUUUCUUCUUACCUUUUACUCCUAGACUUUUAAUUAAAAUGAAGAUGAUUUGGGGGAUAUUCUCCAUUCUGCCAGUUUUAUUUACCAUUUUUAUUGUUUGAAGAGUUAGAUUGGUAGUCUGGAUUUAAAGUUUUGGAAAUUUUUACUUAAUUUUUUCCCCCUUUCCACAGAGCUAAACUAAUUAGAUACUAAUUUUAAAGCCAUGCUUUGGGACAUAUUUAUUACAAAAUAGGGUUUCAAAUGUUCGGAAGUGUUGAGGUUUUGCAGCUGGCUGCACUCAUGUGAUCAUUACUAAUUGUUUUCAAGCACAAUCCCUUUAUUAGUGAAAGAUUAUGUACACUGACAGAGUAUGCAGGGGAUUUAAUGUAAAAAAAAAACUUAAAGUCUAGGACAUUUUGAAUGUCAUUUAUCACUGCAAAAAAAAACAGUUUUGAGUGAAUACUCUCCAGUUCCACAAGAUGUACGAGAUUUUCUGUAUUAUAUUUGUAAAACAUACUUGCAAUAUCUGUGGCGACCAGCAGGUGGUAAUGGAGAGUUGAAUGUUAGGACUAAAUUUCCACACAGCAUUUUUGAUUUUAUUUCUUUAUGGCACCUGCAAUGUAAGUGCUCAAUUUUAAUUUCCAGAAUACUUAAUGACUGUAAUUUUCACCACAAAAAAGUGAUCAAUGUUUUGCUAGAAUCUAAACAGAGGUCAUAUUUUUACAAAUAUUUUCAUCAAUUUAUCUUGUGAAAUAUUCAGUGUGUAGGUCUACCUCCAUGCUUUGCAAUGGACAAUUAACAGUUUUUACUGUUUCAACUGACUAUAGUGGUUUACUUUUUAUGCACUGUGUACCAUGUUGUAUAUUGAUGAGAUAACAGUUUAUAUCAGGCUAAUGUUUAUUGUGACAGGACAGCAUACAAUAAUAUGUGAAUUAAAAUGUUAUUUCUUUACAUAUUAAA